AUAAGUUUGUGUAAACUUUGUUGCCGAGGAAAAAUUAUUUUAUUAAAAAGGCUCUUUUCAUUCUUAAAAGAUAGUUCUUUGAGUUUAUUAUCAUUAUUUUGAUUUAGGUAUCUAUCUAUUUAGCUAUCUAAUCUAGAUGAGAUACUAUCAUAGCUGAAGCAGAUUUUCUUUGCGCUGAAAUUUCUCAACUUUCUUUGGUUUGCGUAACUUAGCAGAAAUUGCAUUAAUUGAGGUUUCUAGAUCGGUUAGACGCAUCUAGCUUACCUAACAUUUUCUUUCUAUUAGUACGUUGAAAUGUUUGUUCGUCAACGAAAGGUUCGUGAACAACAUCGAGGCGAUAGCUAUUUGGACAAAAAGUCUAAUUAUAUACAAUUGAGCAAUCAAAAACAUUUUUAUGGCCCAGUUCAUUUUUUGAUAAUCGUGCUAUCAGUGUCUGCUAUCAUAUACAGUGUUAGAGUAUCUGAUUUAUUUCUUCCUGAUCCAAAAAAUUUAACGACUGAAAACCAUACUUUUAGUGGAUUUCGAGCCCAAAAGCACUUAUAUGAUCUGACUAAAAUAGGUCAUCGUGUUGCUGGAAGCUACGAAAGUGAUGUAGAAGCAGUUAACCUACUUAUAAAAAAAAUAAAUGCUAUCAAAGAUGAAGCUAACAAAGGUUUUGAUAUUGAGAUUGAUUUACAGACUGUGUCCGGGUCGUUUGCUUUUGUACAAAAAAUUGUUGCUUUUACAAGCACUUAUGAAAAUAUUACAAAUGUUUUAGUAAAGAUUUCAUCAAAUCCUACUGAUACAUAUUUAUUAGCAAAUGCUCAUUUUGAUACAGUUAUGGGCACAGAAGGUGCAAGCGAUGAUGGUGUAAGUUGUGCUGUUUUAUUAGAGGUUUUGCGAUGCAUUGCAUUAAGUGAUCCUGAAAAGUUGAAGUAUGGAAUAAUUUUUUUGUUUAAUGGUGCAGAAGAGGGCGGUCUUGCAGGAAGCCAUGGCUUUGUUUUAGAACAUAAAUGGUUUCCUUUAGUAAAAGCUGUUGUUAACUUAGAAGCUGCUGGUUCAGGUGGAAGGGAAUUUGUGUUUCAGACUGGUCCAGACCAUCCCUGGAUACUACAGUUGUAUGCUUCUUCAGCAAAAUAUCCAUUUGCUUCAGUUGUUGCCCAAGAAAUAUUUGAAGCUGGUUUAGUUCCAUCUGAUACUGAUUUUCGUGUUUUUGUGCGUUAUGGAAAUCUUGUUGGUAUCGAUCUGGCUUAUGUUAGUAAUGGUUAUAUUUACCAUACUCGUUAUGACAAUGCUGAUGCUAUCCCUAUUGGGUCCAUUCAAAGAUCUGGUGACAAUAUUCUAGAAUUAAUAAAAUCAAUGGCAAAUUCAGACUAUUUAAAGGACCCAGCUGGUUAUAAGCAUGGAAAUAGUAUUUUUUACGAUGUUCUUGGAAUAUUUAUGGUGCACUAUCCAUUUCGUCUACACAAGGUGUUAUGUUAUAUGACCUGCUUUGUUGUUGUAUUGUAUAUUUUGCUAAAGUUGUAUAAGCAAGCAAAGUUAUCAGCUAAUCCUGAGUCUGCUUCAUUUGCAUCUGUUUUUUUAUCUUUUUGUGUUAUUAAUAUCUCAAAUAUAUUUGGAAUCUUAUCUGGCUUGGCUGUAUCCUUUAUUCUUAUAAAGUUUAAUGCAAUGAUGACUUGGUAUACUCAUAUGUGGUUUGCAUUUCCAUUAUUUGGUUUGCCUACAUUAUUUGGUAUUAGUUUAGGACAUUGCUUAGGAAGUAUUGUAAUUAAAAAGUGGGUGGAAGUUAAUAUUCGAUCUUUUUUGUAUGCUGUUUUGCUAACCCAUUCUAGUAUUUUAUUUGUGUUAAACCAGUUUGAAAUUAAGUCAUCGUUUUUGGUGUGGCUCUGGCUUUUGUUUCCAUUUAUGUGCAUAUGUCUUCCUUAUGAUUAUCUGAAGCUAACUAUAUGUAGAAAUCACAUAAAAAUUUUAGUUUUGCAUUUAAUUGGAUCAGUUGUCCCAAGUUUGAUUACAGUUUACCAUUUGUUUAUUUUAUACAAAUUUUUUGUUCCUUUAUUUGGAAGAACUGGAACUGAAAUACCAGGAGAUGCAGUAUUGGCAUUAGUUACAGCAUUGACUUGCAUUGUUAUUUUGUUCUAUUUAAUAAAUCUUAUCCAUGGUGCUAAAAAUGGACCUAAGUUUGUUAUAUUAUUAGGCUUAUUAUCAUUUAUCCCGUUAUUUAUUGCAUUAAGUGGACAACUUAAGCCAUUUUCAAUUGGUUAUUAUACAACUCCGAAGCGCUUUUUUAUGCAACAUAUAUUACGAACAUUUCACAAUUCUGAUGGUUCUAUUAGAAAACAAGACUCUGGAAUAUGGCUGCAACCAAUGGACUAUUUGCAUGUCCAAGAUAUAAAUACUAUUCCAUUUUUUAAAAAUAUGCAACGUUUAGAGUGUGAAGGUUCAUACUGUAGUUUGCCCUAUUAUUAUUCAAUGAGAGUAAUAGCAAGAAAACAAUGGUAUCUGUUAGGUGAAAAGCCUGAUGGAGGACAAAACCCUCUUUCAAGUAGUAUUUACAAAAGAGAGAUUAAAGAGAAUAGGAUACGUUUUUAUUUUGACAUAAAAGGUCCUGAUCAUAUGAAUAUAUUUCUUACCCUGAAAGCUGGUGUAAUACUUGCAGACUGGUCAAUGUAUAAACAGAAUGGCACCCAUAUUUAUUCUGAAUUAGAUUAUCAAGAACCUAGUUCAGAAAUUUAUUUUGUAUUUUAUUCUCAUGGUUACUAUGCAAGUAGUUGGAAGUUUUGGAUGGAAUUUGAGCGAACUUCGGAUGUUUCUAUUGACCUGGCAGAAAUGGGGUUAGCACGUCAUUAUUUACAUGGUAAAAUGUCACGGACGAAAUUUUUACGAGAGGCUAUAUCAGCUCUUCCGACAUUUGUUUGCGAAACCGCUUGGACCAGUAAUUAUGAUAGUUUCACCCUCCGGUAGAUUAUGUUUCGUUUUAAAAUCAAAACUCAAGAAAACCAUACAGAUUGAGAAAAUGCAAUUUCAAACUUUAGGACAUUUAUAUUCGUUUACAGUUACAUUUUGAAUAGAAAUUUCAUUUAAUUUUAGUGAAGUGCAGUUUAAUAAUUUCAUAUGUUCAUGAUAUUUAGUUUUCUUAAUGAUUGUGAAAAAAUCUGUCACUCAUCAAAAUUUAUUAAGCGGGUAUGUAGACGAGAUGCAUUAUUUUGAAUUAGGAUAGACAAUUUGCUUUUAUUGUUUUGUAUUUGUGUUGCAUUUUUAUAUUAGUGUAUUAAGUUUUAAACAAAGUUUAACUUGAUUUAUUAGUCUUUUAUUUUAUUUUAGUUCUGUUAUAUAUAAUAUAAAAGAACUAAAAUAAUAUAUAUAUAUAUAUAUAUAUAUAUAUAUAUAUAUAUAUAUAUAUAUAUAUAUAUAUAUAUAUAUAUAUAUAUAUAUAUCAGGCCCGUAGGAACAAAGUUAUAUUGGGGGACAAUACUACUGGGUAGGGCAAAAAGUAGUAGGUCAAAAUUUUGUGUCAAUGGAACUUACCCCAAAAAUACGGAUAACAAAUUAGGUCCUGUCUAUCCUUUUUCUCUUUUAUUUCUUAAUUUGUAAUCGUUUGCUUUUUUCUAAAAUUUAACUUUAAAAUUAGUGAAGUUAGUUUAUUUGAAAAAUUAUUGGGGAGGAGGGAGGGGAGGAGGCAAAUGCCCUGCCCCCCGGUUGCUACAGGCCUAUAUAUAUAUAUAUAUAUAUAUAUAUAUAUAUAUAUAUAUAUAUAUAUAUAUAUAUAUAUAUAUAUAUAUAUAUAUAUAUAUAUAUAUAUAAUAUAAAAGAUGUUAUAUAUUAUGUUCCUAAAAAUUGCGAAUUCUAAAUUGUAUUUCGUCGUUUAGUUUUAAAUUUAAUUUUAAAACUCUUUCGAAAAGCGGUAAUAUAAAAAUUUUUUAACAGUAUUAUUUUUGUCGAGUUUUAAUAUCUAUUUUGUUGUUGUUGUUGUUGUUUUCCUAUUUUUAUAUUUAUUUAUUUUAAUAAUUAAAAAAAGGAAUUUCUUAAAGUUUUGAACUGUUUGAGUUAAGCUCGGAUUUGUAUUUUUUUUUUAUUUAUUCAAAUAUUGCAUCAA